AACAUGGUUCGUGCUCAUCUCUAAUUCAAUAAUAGAAUUCGAUUUUGUUUGUAGUUUGCCAUCUUUUAACGAGAAACAACAGCAACAUGUCGAACAAAAUUCAGGUCUCCCUUCCCGAGGAGGAAUUGGAUUGGAUACAAUUGCGCCAGGACCUCGGACCGGUUGUCGAGGUGGAAACGACAAAGGAAAAGCUUCAGCGCAAGAUAAAGGAGAACCCGCUGGUUCCACUGGGAUGCCUGGCGACCACAGCGGCUCUCACAGCCGGCCUAUACAACUUUCGCACUGGCAAUCGCAAGAUGUCGCAGCUGAUGAUGCGCACUCGAAUCGCGGCUCAGGGCUUCACCGUUUUCGCUCUGAUAGUCGGCGUCGUCAUGACUUACACCGACAAAAAAUAACACUCUUAUUAUCUUAUGAUCCAAAAUAUAUAGGCUGAACUUGAA